AUGGAAGCGGCUUCAACUGCCCCAGCGACUGCCACAUCAACAACAACUAUCUCGGCUACAACCAGUGAUACCACCCCUCCAGCUUCCUCCUCCUCCGCUGCGUCGUCAACUAAUCCAGGUCCAGCCAAUAAACUGACCAAAUCCGCGGUGCUGUCUUUAACUCGUUUGUUGAACGAGUCGGCUUCAGAAUCAGGCUCUCAGACCUCUUUAAACGAAAUACCAGACACACCUUCUUCAGAUUCUUCAGGGGUUAUAACUCUCGAUGUUCCGUCAAGUGAAACACCAGCUUCUGUUACUGCUGGUGAUAGUGUUCCACCAACUCCCUUCUCAACUACUCCAGGGAAGGGGGGCAAUGCAUUACAUGUUAUGGAUUCCUUGGACUCUCAAACAACUCCCAUUCCCAGAGAAAUUACAACCAUUGAAGAAGACGUUAAAUUGGAUGUUAUUCCAGAACCAAAGUCUGCAUCUCCCUUGUCUACUACAGGAGGAGGAUUCAUCACCCCUAAUUUGAAACAGAAAACUGCUCCUCCAACAACAUUGGCUUCUCCAACAAAUGCAGCUACUUUUUUUGAUUCAUCUCCAAGAACUUCUUCCAUGCUUUCCUUCCCUCCACACAAUGCAGAUCAAUCCCAAGUUGAGGACUCAAACGAUCCACAACUGGUGCUGCCUCAGGGUGGUUCAUCAGCAUUGGUGCCCCCUCCUCCUUACACUCAAACUCAUUCUCAUUCAUCAUCUUCGAAUUUGAAAAAAGUACCGAUUUCCGCUAGUCCUAGGAUCCAACGUAAUAACUCGGUAUCUCAUAGUUCAUUCCAUGCCUUCGCUGCUGAAAGUUUAUCUUCUUCAAUUCCCUAUAGUGCCCCUGGUGGUCGUUCUUCAAAUAUGUCGUCUUCGUACACAAGCAAUUCAUCAUUUGCAAAUGCAAACGUCAAUGUUGCGGCAGCAACUGCAAAUUCCCCUUCCAUCAGUACCAGUGGGCUUUCCCGUAAUAAUUCCAUAUCUGAGAAUCAAAGCAAUAACACAACUCCAAAUGCUUCAUAUUCAUAUUUGCCUAAUUUACCUAAUGGCCAAGUCAUUCUGUCUACUCACAUUCAAUCUCCAUCAGUUAGUAAUGUGGCUUCCAUAGAACCAAGAUUUGUGAUUUCAAAACAAAGAGUCCAACAAGCUCAGGCUCAAGCUGCUGCUGCAAACCUAUCUUCUUCUCAUCGCUCGGGAUCUCAGUCAUCUUUGUCUUAUUUGUUUUCCAAAAAUAAAUCUUCUGGCAAGAAGAACUCACUGUCAUCAAGUGACUUGAGUGCAUUCUACAAUAAUAACUAUAAUGUUAAUUCUGAGCCAAUUGGAUCAUCUCCUACUCUGAUUUCACUGUCAGAGUCAUAUACAUUAUCUGCUUCCCGUCAUAAUUCUAUGGCCAAUUUAAAAAGAUUUUUCAAAAAAUCUAGCAACACUUCUCCUUCCAAUCAUUCAAACAUGCCUUCUUCUAUGAGAUCAGGUAAUGGCUCUGUGACAUCUGGUCCGGUAAGUGGAUCUUUUUCUGAUCAAAAUUCAGGUAAUGCAACUUUCCAUCUUGGAUCUUCAUAUGGUGGACAAUCAAUUCAUUCCACUGGAUCUAAUGCUUCAAGUGCAAUGCCUUCAAGUCCUUCACCACAAGUUGGGUUUCAUGUUCCAUCUAAUGGCCCACCAGGCAUAAAUGCUACAGGAUCAAUAAGCAGAUCGAAUUCAACGUAUGGUAAUGGCUUGGAUUCCAGACGUGGGUCAUCUGCUAACCUACCAAAUGGAAUUAAUCAAGUUCCAUUUCUGAAACGUUACGGAAAAUUAGGAGAUGCAUUGGGUGCUGGUGCCGGUGGAUCUGUUAGAUUGGUAACCCGUAUGGUAGACAAGCAAACUUGUGCUGUUAAAGAAUUCCGAGCCAAAUAUCAAAAUGAAAGUCGUAGAGACUAUGCCAAAAAAAUCAUGGGUGAAUAUUGUAUUGGUUCAACAUUAAAACAUCCCAAUAUCAUUGAAACUAUAGAAAUUGCAUACGAGAAUGAUAGAAUGUUUCAAGUUAUGGAAUAUUGUGACUUUGAUUUGUUUGCUAUUGUCAUGUCAAACAAAAUGUCUCGUGAAGAAAUUAAUUGUUGUUUCAAACAAAUUCUUAAUGGGGUUCAUUAUUUGCAUCUGAUGGGUUUAGCUCAUCGUGAUUUAAAAUUGGAUAAUUGUGUCAUUGAUAAACGUGGUAUUGUUAAGAUUAUUGAUUUUGGGUCUGCAGUUGUAUUUUCUUAUCCAUUUUCCAAAACACUUAUAGAAGCUCAAGGGAUUGUUGGGUCUGAUCCUUAUUUAGCUCCUGAAGUUUGUGUGUUCAAUAAAUAUGACCCCAGACCAGUUGAUAUUUGGUCUGUUGCUAUUAUAUAUUGUUGCAUGAUGUUGAAGAAGUUCCCAUGGAAAGUUCCCAAGUUAUCUGAUUCAAGUUUCAAACUGUUUGCUUCUAGAAAUGAGUUUGUUCCUAUGGCCGAGAUUCUUAAGAGAACUCCACUGUUAAACUCAGGCCUCAGUAAUUUGGAAGUUAUCCAAAGGACUCUUGAUGAAAUUGAAAAUAUUAAUAAUGAUGAUACUACGUCUCAAGCACUCCCCACAGAAGAAGUUCGUGAUGGUAAGGCUCACACAUCAACUGAAUCAGGACCAGGAAGACUUUUACUUGCAUUACCCGAAGAUUGUCGUCCAUUAAUUGGUCGGAUGGUUGAAUUGCCACCCGCUUGUCGUAUUACCAUUGAUGAUAUCUUUGAAGACUCUUGGUUACAGGGAGUUCAUAUGUGUACCAUUGAAGAUACGAAUGCUACAGAUGGUCCUUUCACAGUGGUUAGAGGUACUGAUCAUGAACAUACAACUGUUGAAGCUUCUAAAGCUCAUAUCGCAGCUUUUGAUAAGAAGAAAUAA